CGCCUCUUAGGUCGACACGGGGAGCACAACUUUACAAAGAGCAAAAACCCCAACGAAAACUCGGGGCCUGCUUCUGCAGCGCACGAGCGACCCAGAGCCACAUUUUAUAUCAAAUUGGUCAUACAGCUAUCGGUGUCACUCCGCCAUGUCCCGCCAUCUUGGACAGGCAGCCAGCCAUUAACGUUACUUGUAACGUUUGUCAACUCGCUCGCGAGUCCGAACGAAAAACGCGACAAGAGCACGAGCCGAAGGCCUUCGUUCUGGCGCCAUCUUCAUGAAGCUUCUGAAAUCCAAACAGUGAGCUGCAAGCAAGAAGACAACAUAGGCGGCUCAGUAUCACUUGCAGAGCUGCUCGGAGACAUUUUCGACAUGCAACGGAAGAAAACCAUAAAAAUUUCAAGUGUGCGUUCAUCGGGUCCGGAGGAUGCAGAGAGUGAAGAUGAGGUUUAUGAGGUGGUGGACCUGACAGAAUAUGCCCGAAGGCACCAGUGGUGGAGUCGGGUGUUUGGGAACAACUCGGGUCCAAUCGCUGAGAAGUAUUCUGUGGCCACCCAGCUGAUGAUGGGAGGUGUGACAGGAUGGUGUGCUGGUUACCUCUUCCAAAGAGUUGGGAAGAUAGCUGCUACUGCUGUUGGUGGAGGAUUCCUCCUUCUACAGAUCGCCAAUCACAGCGGUUAUGUAAAGGUCGACUGGAAGAAGGUGGAGAAGGACGUCAACAAAGCAAAAAGGCACCUGAAGAAGAAGGCCAACAAAGCGGCACCUGAAAUAAACACAUUCAUUGAGGAGGUAAAGGCUACAGACUUUAUAAAGCGGAACAUCGUCCUGUCGAGCGGAUUUGUUGGUGGUUUCUUUCUGGGUUUGGCAUCAUAAAGCUGCUGCACACUGUGAAUCACAUCACUACAUGGGUCACUUUCCUCUUCAUUGUUUACCUCCUGGCACCAUGUGUGCGCUGAUUAUUCAUUUAAAGGGGCUGAACACGGGGCUUUAUGUUGAACAUUAAAGCAUGAUCUGUUGUAACAGUGGUAUUAACCGUGUUCUACUCACCAUGAUUCAUAUCAGUUCACCUAAUUAUUUCUUGUGGGGAGCAGGGGUAAAUGCACAUUUGAAGUGUGCAUACUAUGUGUGUGAGUGUGGUGGGGGUGGGUGUGUGUGUGUGGAGUUGGGGUGUACUUAUUUGUACUGUAAACAGUGUCUUCUGUGGAACCCAUCAUAGAUUUUUGCCAGAUUUGCUGAAUAUGUCAAGCUGCCACAAACUAGCACACAAUUCCCUAGGCUUUCGUUGGUAUUUGCCUGGUGGUUGUUGAAUUCAGGUUGUUAAAAGUUGGCAUCUGUGAGCGCCAUUGUAAAUUUGAAAGCCAACUCCUUUGCAGAGCUGUAAAUACCCAUGCCUGAGUAAAUAUUAUACAAACAACAUGGAGGGCGGUGAAGUGGGAAGAUGACACCUUCCCCCUGUCUGGUGCUUAGCCGAAGUAUUUUUCAUGAAGCUGAGAGUUCUGGCAAGCUUAUGUACCAUUUAAGGGAAUUGAAAAGUUUGUCACACUAGCUGGGGUUUUAACAAAGUUAUAUUUCCACUAUGAACAGGAAUCCCUAUUGAUAUACAACACAUAUUGUCACCAUAAUUACAUCUAAUGACUAAAUAUGUUACUUUACUUUGUCUACUAAGAGCAUUUGAAACAGAACUGACGAUCCUUAGCUCCCUGGUGCCAUUUAAUGACAGGAUGAGCAUCUGCUGUAGCCUAAUUACUACCAUCAAAAGCUAGACAUCGGUCCUGCCAGUAAAGAGCAUAAUUGAGCAGCGAUUGUGACUCCUACGCCUUCGCUAUUGUCAUUGUGCAUUUAGUAGUGUCCGCGUAACAGCACGACGAUGCUGCAGAGCAGUGCAUCAUCACAUUAAUUAUCCACACAUGACUUGAUUCAUCAUUGCUUAUUUUGUUGCCUUUUUCGAAUUAGUGUGAUAUACACGGUUCAUCCCAAAUGGCAUUUUGUAUGUAUAUCCUCUUAUUUCGUCAUUUCUAUUUAUUAUUUUGAUAGCUUUAUUUGAGCUGUAUACAUUUUGUUGAAUCCUGUUUAAAAUGAAGCUGCCUGAUUUUGUCUAUAAUAACAAUAAAAUAAAAGAAUAAAUGUG